UUAAGUUUAUUAAUAAAUGAUUAAGUUUAAUAAGUUUAUUAAUAAAUGACUAAGUUUAUUAAGUUUAUUAAUAAAUGAUUAAUUUUAUUAAGUUUAAUAAAUUUAUUAAUUUUUACAAGUUUAAUAAAUUUAUUAAGUUUAUUAAGUAAGUUUAAUAAAUUAUUAAGUUUAUUAACAAAAUUAAUUAAGUUUAUUAAACUUAAUAAAUUAUUAAAUUUAGUAAAUUACGGAUUGAUCCCAUUAACUUAGCUUAAAAUCAAUUAAAUCCGAUUAUGAUGUUGCCACCAUAUUAUUAUUUACUUUGUGCAUGUGAUAUGUAUUAACAUAAACUUCGUGUAGUUGUUGUCGUCUCUUUUCUCUUAUGCAAGUAAGCUAAUUUGUAAGAUUUAUAUAAAAGGAGUUUGUGUGGUAUCUUUUCUCUUAUGCAAAUAUGUGCUUGACAUAUUCAUUGUAGAUAAACUCUGAUUACACAAUUACAUUGUGUCUAUUUUAUUGGUUUUUUGCCUUUUUCUUAUAUUGUUUUCAGUUCCAGAAAUUCACGUAAACGAGUUCUUCAGUAAAUGUGUUAGCGAGUUUGCAUGUUUGAUUUUUGUUUCUGGAUCAAAUUAUAUCAGCCGCAUGGGCGGAGGUAGGUGGAGAGUGGAUGUGGCAGCUGUCCACUAUGAUUACUUUUAGUUAGUGUUAUUUUGUAUUGAAUUUUAAUAAUUACUCCUGAUGAAAAUUUGAAUUUACAAAUGUAUUACUAAUAUUUUAUAGUUUUGCUCCGGGUAAAAACUAUUCAUAGAUCCGCCGCUGAUCAGCCUUAGAAUCUCGACAAAACAAGUGAUCAAAAACAUAUGGUUUUCUUCAAAGGUCAAAUUAGGUUUUAAUAUCAAUAUUUUUUUCACUUAUCAUUCAAAAUAUUAUCGAUCACGUUAUCAUAACAUAUUCAAACUAUUGGAAGUGGGCUAUAUAUGGAAAUUUUAAAUUAAUUCGAGUCAGUGAAGCUACCCAUAAAAGCCUGGCUACGAAAACUGAACCAGUUUAUAAUAUAAAUGUGGCAUUUGGUGAUCAGUAAAUUUGUGUAUAUGUGAGAACAAUGUUCCAUAUAUAGGAAUGUACCACUGGUUCCCAUGAACUUGAUCCGACCAAAUUCAAAGACAGCUAUUUUUUUAUUUUAUUUGGAUUUGACAAUGUUGAGUUAUGGUUUAUUUGAAAGCAUAACCAAAAUCUUUAUAGUCUCAAGAACCCAACAAAUAGGAAAUGUCGUAUAAUAGAAUAACUUUCCAUAUGAUAUCACCGCCAAUGUUUACUUUUCCACGAGUUGUAAAUCAUUCUGUAUUUUGUUGCGAAUUAUGUAGAGAAAGAAUACUAUGCCGGUCGGUUAUUAUAUAAUCCCACGUAGGUUGUCUGUUAUUUAUGCAACUAAAGCAAAGUAUAAUAUUCGCGGAAAAGGUAAUACAAAUGUUUUUUUAUGUAUAUUGUCUUAUUGUAUAGUAAAGAGGUCAACUUCUUUUGCAAAAUUGGGAAUUUGCGGUUCUACUUUAGCCUGGAAGUCUUUGUUUAGACGAAUAUCCCGAGGAAUACAAAUUAAUAUAUGUGAAAGAAGUUUACAAAGAAUAUUUGGAGAAUAGUUCUAUUCCUACUUAAAAUAAUCUUAGUGUGAUUUCAUAUACCUUUGAGUAAAAUUUUACUCUAAAAAUAGUUCUUACUUUCAUUUUCCCUUUUUGAUACCAAUCAAGAGAAAUAACAUUUCAGCUAUUUAUUUUAAAAUUAAAGAAAUAAAAAAAGAGAGUAAUUUUUCCUGCACUUUAAACAAGUGAAAACAUUUACACUAAAUUCUUUUUUUUGAACUACCCAUUUACACCAAAUUCGCAUAAUUUAUUUUGGUUUUUUUUUUUUUGCAAAAUUGACUCAAAACUCAAAGUCAACCAAAAAACUAAAUUAUGUUUUUUGGGACAUUUCAUUUGUCCUAUUUACCCCACAAAUUUAGAUUAUUCACGAAAAUGCCAUUAUUUUUUUUCCAAAAAUGACAUUUUUACUUUUUCAACCUCAUCAUCUUCAAAUACUUACAAGAUUGUCAUUGCCAUCAAUACACCAACCACCAUGAACAACCAAUUUAAAGCUCUUAAUGCACUUCAAAUCGAUUUAUACUUCUUUUUCUCAAUUCUUAUGAACUAAAAAAACAUCUCUUUCAUCUUCUCUCCAUAUUCAUCUAAAAAAAACCCAAGAAUUUGAUUCUAAAAGUUUUAUGGUUCAUAGAGCUAUUGAAGAUUACGAUUCUUGGUGGGUCACUUUUGCUUGAGAUUCUGGGUGCUUGGAGAAGACUUAUGUGUGUGAAACAAGUUAUCUCACUGGUUGAAACUAUGAAAUCAAUUUUUUUUCCAGAUAUGUUCGCCCAGACGACUUCCGAGCAAGUCUUUUGGCUGUAAACAACUUACAUGGAAGUCUUCUGCUCAAUGCAGAUGUUAGUUUUGCAAUUGACUUUUAAAUGUGUUUUAGAGACGACUUACAUUGAAGUCGUCCAUCUUUGUUUGUUAAAAAAAAAUUUGAGACAACUUUCAUGUAAGUCGUCUAGGGGAAACGAGUUACUUUUGCAUUUGACCGGACUGUGUCAGAAAUUUGACUUUUCCUGGAUGACUUUCGUGUAAGUCAUCUAACGGACGACUUCCGUGUAAGUCGUCUAGAAAAAAUAUUUUUUUUUGCUUUAUUUUUCAAUUGCAAAACUAACCUGAGACGACUUACAGGAAAAGUCAAAUUUCUGACUUCAUCCAGUCAAAUGCAAAACCUAACCCGUUUACCCUAGAUGACUUCCGUGGAAGUUGUCUGCAUCAAUGUUUAAUAAAAUUUCAUUUUCUCAAAAACUAUAAAGACUUUUUAAUAUUUUUUUGUUAAUUCAUGUAUAUUAGUCGAUAUUUGAGCUCCUAAAUGAAAUUUAUAACUUAAUUGGUUUUAAUUAUGAGUUUACCGACAUUCAUGUGUAUUAAUGUUCCAGAUUGGAAGUCUUCUAUGUUAGUUUUUGUAAAUUGGUUAAGUAACUUUAAGAUAUGGUUAUUUAAUUUUCAAAAGUGUUUAGUAACUUCAAGAAUAUCAAGAAACAUGGUUUAAUGUGUCUUCUUAGAACAUAAGAUAUGAAAUUUCAAUUUUCACUUAAAAUUUUGAGUUUCCUGCUUAAAUUUUAAUUUUUCGCUUAAAUUUGUCGUUUAUAUUUCAGUUUCCCUCUUUAAAUUUAAGUCUUCCGAGAAGACUUCCCAUAAGACUUCUAAUGAAAGUGUUCUAUCUUUGAACUUAUGUAAUGGUUUAUUUUUUGUGAAUUUGACUAAGUUUUCUUGAGAAUUCUUCUCCCUUAGUUGUAAUAAAUUUGAUUAUUUUUUUGUGUUAUUGUGUUUUGCUAUAGAAGUUGUAUCAAUAACUUUAAUUAUGUCAAGUAAUUUUGGCAAGAUAAUAUUGCGGAAUAUGAAUAUAUUUACCAAAUUUUCUUAUUAAUAUCUCUUCAAAUUUACAAAAAAAAAUCACAACUAAAGGAGUACACAUGCAAAUCACAAAACAUAGCACAAACAAAACUAUUAUAGAUCAUUCAUCUACAAAGACAAGCUUGGACUCCACUUGAUAUGGAAGAAGACUCCGUCAGAAGACUCUCAUGUAGUCUUGUACUCUCAUGUAGUCUUCUAGCACAUUAUAUUUUAGAAGACUUUGGAAGACUUAUGAGAAGUCUUCUCGGAAGUCUUUGGAAGACUUAUGAGAAGUCUUCUCGGAAGUCUUCUAAAAUAUAAUGCGUAAGAAGACUUCCAGGAAGUCUUUCAGAAGACUUCCUAUAUAAAUCUUCUAAAGUCUGCUCCAGAUUUGAAAACAUAUAUAUCAACCCCAGAUCUGAAAAACAUGUAUAUCAAACCCCAGAUCUGAAAAACCUGUAUAUCAAAAAACGUUCAAAUGGUUUAAAAACAAAGAAAUGUAUGGAAGAUUAUAUAGAUAUACUUUUAUAGAACACACAACCUACAUAUCCAAGUGGAAGAUGAGAACUAUUUGGUUAAAAACAUGCAACAAAAAGAUAGAUUAGUGAGAAAGACAUGAGACAAAAAUAAAAAAUUCAUAUAAAUUUUGGUGUUUUCACGUCAAAGAGAUUAGAGUGGGUUUGCAGAGUUUUAGUUUGGGAAAAAUGUAUGAACUUUAUGCAACAGGAGGUUACCAAAAUGAAGAAAAAUCAGAUAUAACAACUUACCAAAAUGCUCAGAUAUGUUAUGAAAGGAGGACAUGUGAGAAGACUUCGUUAGAAGACUUCUUGGAAGUCUUCUAACGAAGUCUUCUAGCGCAUUAUAUUUUAGAAGACUUCCAAGAAGACUUCCCCAUAAGUCUACCAAAGUCUACUCCAGAUAUGAAAAAUAUGUAUAUCAAACCCAGAUCUGAAAAACAUGCAUAUAAAAAACGUUCAAAUGGCUUAAAAACAGAGAAAAUGAAUGGAAGAUUAGAUAGAUCUACCUUUAUAGAACACACAAAAAAUACAUAUCUAAAAUUAAUAGAUCUACUUUUAAAUGAGUGGAAGAUGAGAACCAUGUGAUGAAAAGCCUGCAAAACAAGAUAAACUAGUGAGAAAGACACGAGACAAAAACAAUAAAUUGAUAUAAAGUUUGGUGUUUAUGAGUUUAAAGAGAUUAGAGAAAGGUUGGAGAGGUUUAGAAUGAGGAACAUAUCAUUUUUGUUGCAGCCAUUUGAGAGGAGGAAAGAGAAUGUGUAAAUAUUUCUUUAUAUAUCGAGACAAAAAUUCCAAUAAGGUUAAAUAUUUUUGAUUGAGAGGACUUUCUAGUAAGUCUUCUAAUCGACAGACAACUUACAUGUUAGUCAUCUAGACCCUAAACAUAACCCCUAAACUAAAUUAACUAACUAAACACUUCAUAAAAUCAAAAUAAACUUAAAAAGUGUUUACUAUACACAGAAAUAAACACAUAGGUAAAAUUUUAUUUUUUCAAAAAAACAUUUAAGCUUUCCAAAAUCUAAUCCUAAGAAUACAUACAAUACUACAACAUAUGUUGUCAAACCCUAAGCCAAAGAAUAUCAUGAUUAACUACUUUUACUCAUCUAUGUUGAAAACUAUUCAAUUUUAUUAAAUCUUAAAAUCCAGGACACGAACCUGGAUAGAAAAUCUACGCUUCUCUAACCGAUGAUAAGAAUGAUAUAACUGGAUUUUUAGUGAUUUUAACCAUGGUAUAGUCCAGUUUUAGAGUUUUGAUUACUUGUUCUGAGUCCGUUUUAUAGUCUUUACAGGUUCAUGUGCGUUUGGAACACUUUAGAGAUUAUGGAGGCACUAAGAGCAUCAAGAGGAGUUAUGUUCAAAAGUUGAAGCCGGAGCCGAUAUUUGAAGACAGUGUUGAUCGACACUCCUCUGGUGUUGGUCGACACCAAUGCUGAUUCAACAAAGCCGACAAUAUUUCAAGAAUUUCACUUUGACCCAAAAGUUUCCAUAUUUGUAAGAAGACCCAUGGCGAGUUUUAGAUCUAGUUUAUGCUUUUAAGUCGUUAGCACACUUUUGGUGCCGGUCGACACCCAUGCUGAUUUGAAAAGGCUGACCCAUAUUUCAAGAAAUGCACUUUGGCCUAUAAGUUUCCAUAUUUUUAAGAAGACCCUUGGCGAGUUUUAGACAUAUUUUAUGAGCCGUUGUUUAGGCUAUGCUUUUAUAUUUUGAGUGACAUUGGAGAGAAGGUCAGAGAACUCCUUCAGAGAGAUCGAUUAUAACUCCAAUAUUUCUUACUCUAUCUAUUUUUUUUUCUUUAUUUAGAUUAUUGUUAUGUCUUGCAUGAUCAUGUCUAAGUAAACCACUUAAUUCAUGUCCUCCGGUUGACCCUCCUUCUUCGCUGACCUUAAUUCAUGUCGUCCCCUUGAACUGGAAGACACAAAUUUGUUCACUGACGUUUGAGUUCUCUCUUCAAUAUGUAUCACCAUUGCAUGGAAAAGGAGGCGUCAGACAGAGUCACACGCCUAUACCGGCAAGGCUUCGUUGGAGAUCUUAGAAGGAGAAAACUAGAUCUGACUCAUCCUUAGACCUAAAGGUCGAUUCUUGCCUCUUCUGCCGUUUUGUGAGCCUCACCGUUACUCCAGUGAAAGCAAAAACAUGAUACCGUCACAACGCAAAAGGAAUCUCCGGUAGAGUCUCAUAGACCCAGAGUAACUUGCUUAUUGGCAUAUAUAAGACAUUGAGAAAGAGAGCAAAAAGAAAAAGAGGAGUAGAGAAAGGAGGAAGAGUUUCCGGCGUCCGAGUUAGGACUGAUUGGAAAUUCUAAAGAGAAGUUAGAGUUUUUUUUUUAUUUUAGAGAGAGAAGGAGUUAGUUGUACAUGUAUAUAAAUUCAGCUUAUUUAACGAGUGUUUUUGCAUCAGGUACUAAAUCAUGUCGGGCAAUUUUUUUCUGUAAAUUGGUGAAAAUCAUCAAAACUUAUUUGUGUACGAAAGUAAAAGCAAAAAAUAAUUAAAGUUACGGAUAAGUUGCAAAAUAACAACCAAAAAGCUACAUGAAGUCUUACUUCUAAUGUGUUAGCAAGUAUAAAGGAUGCGAUAAAACUUCAACAAAGCAUUAGUAUUUCUCUUUUAUCUUUAAUUACCAACCUUAAAUAUUUAUAAGAUUCCACCAAUAAUAGUAUUAACCCGUUGGUGCCUAAUACAUGCACGUGAUAACCAUUUUUGGUCGCGAAAAUUCUCUCUCUCUCUCUUUGUGUAUAUAAAUAUAUCUACACAUACAGACCUACACUAAUUCUUUUUUUUGAAAUCAUCUUCUCAAUAAAAUCUCUCUCUCUAAAGAUGGUGAAAGGGUCCCAGAAAAUCGUGGCCGCAGAUAAAGGCAUACCAAUAAUAGACAUGUCGCAGGAGAGAUCACGAGUGUCGAUGCAGAUAGUCAAAGCCUGCGAGACUCUCGGCUUUUUCAAGGUGGUCAACCACGGCUUUGACCGAACCAUCAUCUCAAGGAUGGAGCAAGAGUCCAUUAACUUCUUCGCUAAAUCGGUUCACGAAAAGAAAUCGGUUGAAUCGGUUAACCAGCCAUUUCGUUAUGGCUUUAGGGACAUCGGUCUCAACGGUGACUCUGGUGAGGUCGAGUACUUGCUGUUUCAUACCAACGACCCCGCUUUUCGCUCUAAGCCAUCCUUCCGCUCGGCAGUGAAUUGUUACAUAGAAGCAGUUAGGCAGUUGGCUCAUGAGAUAUUAGAACUGACGGCUGAGGGACUUGGGGUCCCACCUCACACCUUCAGUAGGUUGAUCAGCUCCGUCGAUAGUGACUCCAUUUUGAGGGUGAAUCACUAUCCACCGUCCGAUCAGUUUUUCGGUGGAGCCACACACUCUGAUAAAUCUGUGUCACUGACCAGGGUUGGCUUCGGAGAACACACCGACCCGCAGAUCUUAACAGUUCUUCGAUCUAACGGUGUAGGAGGCCUCCAAGUGUCCAACCCAGACGGCAUGUGGGUCCCUGUCUUCCCUGACCCCUCAGCUUUCUGCGUCAAUGUAGGAGACUUGUUGCAGGUGAUGACGAACGGGAGAUUUAUAAGUGUAAGGCACAGAGCAUUGACUUACGGAAAAGAAAGCAGGCUCUCGACAUCAUUCUUUGCUGGACCGCCGCUCCAAGCAAAGAUUGGGCCACUACAGGCGAUGGUUACGACAGCGAAUCAACCACGAUUAUACCAAACGUUUACUUGGAGCGAAUACAAAAAACUGGCAUACUCUCUACGUCUUGAAGAUAGUCGCUUAGACAUGUUUCGUACAGAUUGCGUCUAGAGAUAGCAAAAUGGAAGCUUACCCGCGACCUGGCUCAUAAAGACCCAAUGCGGGGCGGGAUUGGGCACAGAUUUUACUGCCCGUUUGUUAGCAGGCUUCGCGGGUUAUACCCACAAUGGUAUUGGGCCAAAGCGGGGUGCGGGACAAUUGGGUGGCCUGCAUGAAUUUUCUCAUUCAGUCUCUUUGGUAACAUCGACAAGAGCUCAGAGCAAACAUGAGAUGAUGAUGGUGAUUCUUAAUUCCUCCAACCGGUGACCUAAACUCAUUUACUUCAGUUGUGACUCUUCCAGUUCGCUUUCAAUCAAAGAAUCAUCUUUUCUCUUCAAGCUUUGCAAUGUUGACCAGAACUCGUUCACUUUCUUUGUAACUCAUUGUAGGAAAAAAGGUUUUUUUUUUUGAAGUGAGUGUGAGCGGAGACAAGAAAUUGUACACAAAACUUGUUUUUAUUGUUAUUUUUCUGAAAACUUAAUCAUCGUUCUCGAAUGUGAAUUGUCUAAACAUCCUUUUUAUAUAUACAAAACUUGAAUUUACUGAUGCGAAGACUAAUCUUCUUUUUUUUUUUUAACUUGUUUAUAUAUAUAUAUAUAUAUAUAUAUAUAUAUAUAUAUAUAUAUAUAUCAACAAGAUUGUAGUAGGACAAGUUGCUGUUUCUGGAGGACACCAAUGGGUACAGUGUUUUAUGCUACAAACGAGAGUCGAGACAAUAUUUGUAACUUAAUGGAUUUGAUCAACCUGAUAACUUAUUGAUGUCUCUUCUUCUUGCUGGUUCACAGGAUUGGUCAAGCUUUGAAGAUAUGGGCCCGCGGGCCGACCUGCAUACUCGUUGCUAUAGUGCGGGUCGGGAUUGGUCAUAGGGUUCAUGGCUCGUGUCUCGCAGCGGUACGACCCGCAAAGACCCAACUGAAAAUGGUACCACAGCGGAGCGGGACAAAUGGGUUGCGGGUGAGCCCAAUUGCCAUCUCUAAUUGAGUCUUUUGACAAGAUUAACGGAUCUCCGUCAAAUUAAAAAGAGAAAAUGUCGAGAACAACCAAGUCGACUUGACAUAAGAGAAAAAGGAAAAAGUCCGCGUGUUCAUCUUCAAAUAGAAGGGAACUCGAAAAGAAAAAGGACAUUCACUAUAACAAAUAAGUCGGCAUAAGAAUUAGAGUAAUUAUAAUUUUACUUUGUUCCUACCAAAUUAAUUACUCGUAACGAUUUCAUAGUUUUUUAUUUGUAAUCGACCUUUGAUAUCUCAAUAAAAAAUUUUCAAAUAAUUCACCAUGAAAUUAAUAUUUUCAUCUUGAACACACUAAUUAAGAUUAAACAGUCGACACCAUCUAUGGAGAGACUUAGGUUGCACGCCGAAAGAAUCAACGAUGACCAGAGAAGAAAAUACUUAAACAGGGAGACAACACCUCUCAACUGGUGGCAGACCUAGCUUCCAUGAUGAGUAUGAUGUAAAACCUAAUGGAACGCUCUAAGAUGAUGCUUCGAACAAAGCAACCAAUGAAUGACUGGAUACUCUAGCCGCAUUCUAUGGGCAACCACUUGCCAAUGAUCAAGAUCCCAAGACCGCAAGAAGAGCUUUGUUCUGAAAGAACGCCAACCCGGUUGUUCAUAGAGCUGCGACAAACCAAGUCGAUCAAGCAUCAACUAAAGAAAUCGAUAUCCUUCGGAAAUCGAUACAAGACAUCUGGUCCAAAGUUCAUCGACCAACAAGUUUGACACAUGAGAUAGAACAUGUUCUCGCCACAAAGUCGAAGAUGGCCUUCAUGACAAAAAUUAUAAAGAUACAGGUUUGACACUUACAAAAAAAAUCAAGUUCCCUUCUUUCUCCAACGAGACGAAUCCUAGUGAUCAUUUGACCGCGUUCAACAUAUGAUAUACCAUGGAUUUUACCCACUUUUAGCCAUGGUAUAUAGGUGUUUUAGGAACUAUCCAUUAUGUUUUCGAGUCUUUUUAGUACUUUUACAAGUUCAUGGAUGAUUUGGGGAAAAGUGAUGAUUUGGGUGCAUUUUGGAGAUAAAAUGAGAGGAAGCUCGGAGCUAACCAUCGAACAAGUUCGAGGUCGAUAUUGAGAAUCCACUAUCGAUCGAUGCACACUAUGUGCCAUCGAUCGACAGCAAAGCGCGCAAUGCCCAACCGGCUUAAAACCCAAGUCAAGACAUUUUUACAGAAAUACCUUUGACGACUUUUAACCCAAUAUUUAUGUGCUAUGCCAUUGUUGUAGGCAACACGUGCUUUUUACUCUUUUCUAGUUUUACAUAGCAAAGCUUUUUAGUAGUUUGAAGAGAAGAUUCAAGACUCCUUCAGAGAUUUGUAUUGGAACUCCAAUAUUUCUAACCUUAGAUUUAUGAAUUCCUUUAUGUUAUUUGCUAUGAAUUGAUUUUCUAUGUCUGAGUAGUUCAUCUUGUUAGUUUUAUGGUUCAAAUAGGAUUAUGAAGGAUUAGCCCCAAACAUAGAUUGCUGAGUUGUUUGUGAUAUCCAUCAGUUGAAUUAUACUUAUUGCUUAUGUUCUAGAGUAGCUAACUAUAACCCUGAUAUUAGAAUAAUUAGGCAAGCGGAAGCCUAGUUUGUAACCUGAAUUGUGCUAGGAUUGCUAGAAAGAAACGGAAGUUGAUCUAGGAAACCUAGUGAACAUAGUCAAACCCGCUCAGUAAAGCUUGCUAGAAGGAACAUACAUCGACAAACCUAUAGGUGUAUCGAUCGAUGUUCUGAAAGGUGUAUUGAUCAACUAUCCAUUGAUAGCAUCGAUCGACACUUUCUCCAAAUAAACAAACGACAGUUGAGAUCUAAGAUGAAGACAAUAGAUAUUCUAAACAAAUGAAAGUUUAUAUUUUAUUACUUUGUUUGAGUUCUAGAAUAUCCACUAUCCAACCUAACUUCUGUACUAUUAUAAUCUUGAUUACCUGAAUAGAAACCCUAAGUAAUGCUUUCUAAUAAUUGUUUACAAAACCUCAAAACAAAUCAACCGAACAACUGCCUUGUUCACCACUGCAAUUUACUAUUUCCAUAACUAACCUAACUUAAUUAUAAACUGUUUAAGAUCUUUUGUGUGCCCCAGCUCCUUGUGGAUUCGAUCCCUAAGUACUACAACUCCACCUCUUAUUUGAGAGAGUAUAAAUUGAUAGACCAUGGAUUUUACCCACUUUUAGCCAUGGUCUAUAAGUGUUUUAAUAUAUAUUUACUACUAUAUAGAGUUUAUUUAUAGUAUUUACAGGUUCAGGUACGUUAUGGAGAAAUAUGGUGAUUUUGGAGCCUUUUAAGUGCAGAGCUGCACAGACGCAUCAGAUGUCUAGCUAUGGAUAUAGACCUUUCCACCGUUAGAUUGAGCUCAUCGUUUGACAUAAGAUAGAUCUUUGAGUUAGCUUUCCAAUGCCACCGGUUUGAGGUCACCCAGCAUCCUGUAACAGAAGUUAUGCCCGUUUUACCGAAGAGUGGCCAGUCUACCUCACGAGAGGAAGCUGUCGAGGAGAUGAAGGACUGUCGAUCGAUGAAACAGCAUUGGUGUUGAUCAACAGUGAUGCCAGAAUAUGGGCUGAGCAUAUUUUAUGACCGAUUGAAGCCCAGAAUCAAUCCCAAAUUACCAGAAUACCUUGGACGACUAGAAACCUUAUUUAUGUUAUUUAUAAGCCAUAGUUAACGGCUAUGCUAUCUAAGCUUUCUUUAAUUCUUGUUCUUAGUUAGGAGAGAAAGCAGGAACUCCUUCAGAGUCCUUCUAGAACUCCUUUGUUUUCUUUAUUGCUUUUAUCAGUUUUAUAUUUAUUCUUUUUAUGAUUUUUUGUGACAACUUCAUGCUUGAAUAGAUCCAUCUGUUAGGUUUAGGGUUCAGAUAGGAUGAGGGAUUAGCCCUAAAUAUAGAUUUCUUAGUUGUUAGGAUGUCCAUCAAUUGAAUUACACUUAUUGCUUGUGUUCUAUAGUGGCGAACUAGAACCAUGAUGUUAGGAUGAAUAGGCGCACGCGAGAGCAUGGUUUAUCUCGUGAAUAAUUCAUAUUGUGCUAGGAUUCCUAGAGAAAGACGAGAGUUGAUCUAGGAACCUAGUGAACAUAGUUCAUACCUGCUCGGUAAAGCUCGCUGGAAGGAUUGGUGAUCGACAACUCGGUAGUUGUAUCGAUUGACAUUCCAAUCGAAUCGUCGAUCGACACUUUCUACAAAUCAACAUGCAAGAGUUGAAAUCUUAGAUCUAGUGAUAAAUAGCCUAGACAUGCGAGAGCUGGAAGAUUAUUGUUAUUGUUUGAGUUCUUUUGCAUCCAACAAACAUCUUAUGCAUCUAUAUCAUUAUAAUCAUGAUUUCCUGAAUAUAAACCUUAGAUCUAGCAAAACCUCCUUCCAUCAAACCUCAGUCAAUCAGCCGAUCAACUGUCUUGCUCAAUUACUUGUUAUAUUUACAGCUUAAUCAAAAUUAACUAGAUUUAUUUGGUUCCCUAGCUCCCUGUGAAUUCGAUCCCUAAGUACUACAACUCGACCUCUUAUUUGAGAGAGUAUAAAUCACUCCUUAGGGUAAUUUGAGUGGUAUCAUAAAUCACUUAUGGUAAUUUAAGUGAUAACAAAUUUGGCGCCGUUGCCUGUGAGCUUUGAUCGCCAUUGGAUCUUGUCUUGGCAGUUUUAAGUCUAGGUUUUUCUCUUACUCAAAAAACUGAUAAUUGUUUUUCUUAACUUCCUUCAAGUGCAUGCCCAGAAGUACCAGAAUCAACAAGAAAAAAUCGUUGCUUUUCUUAGACCCUCCACUCUUGGAAUGCACGAUCCCCAAAUAAAAUUGAUCCGCAUCGAUCGGCAACAAAAUCCAUUCGUCAACCAACAUUUCUCAGAAAACGUCGACCGAUACUCUUAAUCUGUCGACCGACAGUUGUGAUCUACCGCCUUUCAACACUUCCGUCUGAACAUCGAUCGACAUCCGUCCGCGAGACAUGGUUGGGACAAUAAUCCUAGAGAAUGAUGAGAAUGGAGACUUGCAUGACCAGGAAGGUCACAUGCGUAAUGCAGCAUGUCAGAGGUUAGAUUAUCAGAGGGCUGUAAUUCUUGAUCAGGAUGAUGAUAUCGCUGCAGUUGCUCAAGCUUUAGACGUGCUGCUCGACCCAAAACGUUGGCUGACUACAAUUGUCCAGAUCAAUACUACGCCAACAAAUCUGCUAUUCGUCCUCCUACAAUUUAGUGGACAAAUUUUGAGCUGAAACCCCAAUAGUUUACACUUGUGGUGCAGACAUCCUAUUGUGGUUUGUCACACCAGCAUCCUAUGGACCAUCUGGAGCGGUUCGAGGAUUUGGUUUCUGCCAUUAAAGCUAAUGGAGUCCCGGAGGACUAUCCUUUCUGCAAGCUCUUCAAGUACUCACUGGCUGGAGAAGAUUCACGCUGGCUUAAGCAGUUACCACCAGGAUCUCUCACAUCCUGGGCAGACAUCAAGAAUGUGUUCCUGGGCAACUUAUUUGAUGAGUCACGAGCAGAGGAUUUAAGGAGCAAGAUUGCUACAUCACUCAAGAGCCUACAUAGUCAUUCAGAAGCUCCUUGAUCAGAUUCAAGUGCUAUCAGAGAGACUGUCCACACCAUGGAUUCAAUGAAGUGCAGCUGCUCAGCACUCUCUUCAAAGGCAUUGCGUUGGCAUAUCAAAUGGUUCUGGACACAACUAGUGAAGAGAACUUCAACACUAGGAAUCCAUAAGAGGUUGUGAGACUGAUUAAUAACUUGGCGUCUAGCAAUAGCACCAAUAACACUGAUUUUGAGAGGAGAAAAUCGGCCACUCUAGGAAAGGAGGAGUUGGACGAUGUUAACGCUAAGCUGGACAGUGUUCACAAGCUUCUCAAGAAGUAUGUUAGCUUUGUAGAGAUAUGGAAGCUGUAGAAAUCAACAGUGAUGGAUAGUUAGAAGAGGAUGUGAAUUUCAUUAGUGAUAUUUGUUUUCAGAAUCAAAAUCCUGAGAAUCAGAGUGGAUACAAAAAUUUCUAUGGGAAUGGACAGAAGAGUAAUUUCAACCAGAAUUCACAGUUUCAGAAACCCUACAACAACAAUUUCAACAACAACAACAACAACAACAACAACAUGAACUAUGAAAAUUCUUCCUACCAUAACGUGCCACCACAGACUCGAGAGAGCAAGAUAGAAGCAAUGAUUGAUCAAGUUCUUGAGGGUCAGCAGAAGCUUAUGGUGAAUGUUAAUGGGAAGAUAUAUGCUGUCUACACUGAGCUAAAUGCAAAGUUAAAGACUCUGAACACACAUGUGAAGAAGCUGGAGACAUAAGUGAUUCAGACAGGAGAAGCUGUUAAGAAGCAAAAAACUUUCAUCAAGGGCAAUGAAGCACGAAAGUACCACGUGAAUGAUAUCACAGAGGAUGAUUUCUGGCAAGUGGUUAAGGAGGAGAAGCUUCAGGAGGGAGAUUUCGAUGUCGAAAGCUCCAUGAGUUUCACCGGUUCACAUUGGUGUCGACCGACACCAAGAGAUGAACAUCGAAUGAUGGAAUGGGAUGAACACCGAUCGACAUUGGAUGUUCAAGAUCGAUCGACGGAGUCAGUUGCAUCAUGCGAGGCGGUCAUGAUCAUGACCCAUGAAGAGUUCACAGCUACACACCCUCAUCCACCCAAACUCUUUAUUGCCAACAUCGAUCGGCAUAAUGAGUAUACCAACGAUCGACAUAGAGAUUCAACCAGCGAUCGACAGUCAACCUCAUUCAUCGAUUGACGAGCACCUCUCUGCUACCGAGUGAAACUACCUAAGAUAGAUGUAGCACGACUGAAUGCACUCAGAAACCCCAUCUCAACCUUCAGAGACACCAACAGACAACAUCAAUGAGCAAUCUGAAGAAGCACUAGAGCCUAUGCAAGUUGAUCAGGCUACUGCAGUAAGAACCUUGAGGAAGAGGAAGGAAAAGGUUCCCAAGCAUCUGAAGAGAGGUGCUAACGAUAAGAAGAUGGAGAGUUUCAGAAAGAGGAUUCUAAGGAUCACAUUAGAUAAGCCAUUUGAGGAUGCUUACAUUACUCACAGGUUGUGGAUGUUCUUCAGAGAUACCUAAGAAACUAAAGAGGACAUUAGGAGAAUGUUCCACUAUAUCAGAGAGAAGAUCAGACAGAGCAUUACACUGAAGAAGAAGAGUGAUCCUGGAAAGUUUGUAGUACCCUACUUGAUAGGAGGCAUUGACUACCUUAAUGCACUCUGCGACACAUGAUCUUCAGUAAGAAUUUUACCUAAGGUGAUGGAAAGAACCUUCAAAGGAUUAAUUCACUGUUGUGGACUGUUCUUAAAGGAACUCAGGAUGAUUCAUCAGAAACCUUGAGGUGCAGAUUGGUAAUGCCCUAGUUCUAGUAGACUUCCUUGUCCUGGACAUCAAGCUCAACGGAAUUCUUCUCAAUUACUUGGGAGAGCCGUCAUGGCUACUGUAGGAGAAGUAUGGGACAUGCAGACCAUUAAGCUGUUUCUGACACUCAUAGACCGUACCGUCUACUAUGAUCCGGUGAGAGUUGUCAAGCAACAGACGGGCUACAUGGAGAUUGGAGACAAUCCUGGAUUCAUUGCAGUUUGCCACUGCGAUCAUGAAACUGAUGAGGAAUCAGAGAUAGGAGCAUUGAUCAAACUCAACUGGAGAUAUCGUUGACGAAAAGUUUGUAGCAACGAUCGACAAUGAGUUGGAAACACCGAUCGACAGUGACCAUACGAAUGAGAUAGACGAUUUUACAGAAGGAUCUAUCAACAGUUGGGAGAAUGAUUACUACCAACCUAGCUUCGCUGUUAACACUGCUACACCUUCAAAGAAGAAGCAAAAGUUCUCCGGUGUUCCCAUGAAAGGGUCCACACUUCUUGUUUCCUAAAGAUGGUGUAGCAUGCAAAUCACAUAGAUCACUAUGUAUAAGUCCUAGCACUGCAGAAUUUCUUUCAAAGCUUUUAAAUGGUUGCCUAAUUAUUUUUGUUAACAUACAAGUACUACAUUUUUCUAAAUUUAUAUCAAAAGUAGGAAUUAACCCUUCUUUAGACAUAUUAAUCAUACGAUUAUAAAGUACAUGACCUAAUCUAGCAUGCCACAGAGAUGAAUCAUUUUUACUAGAACUUGCCAUAUAAACAGAAUUGACAACUUUAUUAAUAUUAUUAUGCAUAAACAUUCCAUUACAGAAAAUCCAAAUCCAACAAAUACACCACACUUCGAUAAUAUAUACUUAUCGGAUUCAUACACUUGUUUAAAACCACAUUUAUUUAAAACACUACCAGAAACUAAGUUUUUCCUAAUUCCGGGUACAUGAAGUACAUCGUUGAGAUCAAGGAUUUUUCCAGAACUAAACUCUAACACCACUUUUCCACGACAUAAGAUAGGGGCGGUUGACUCGUUUCCCAUAUGAAGUACCGAUCCAUCUGGAAGUUGCUCAUAUGUAGUGAACCAUUCACUAUCCUUGCAAACAUGUGUUGUUGCACCUGAGUCAAUCCACCGUGCCACUUCAUCAUCCUGCACAUAAAAUAUCUCAUAAAUCUUUGAUACAUAAUUCACAUUAGAAUAUAGGUUAAAAUCAGAGAUUUGACCUUGAUGAGUGGAUGGACCUUGGUCCUUAGACACUUUUCCCAAACAGUUUUGUCUCGUUUUAUUUUUAUCCUUCCCUGCUCAGCAAUCACGACUUAAGUGACCCGGCUAGUUACAAUUCCAACAAAUGCUCUUAAACUUUUUGUUAGAUCCACUGUAAGUGUUUUUAUUAAAGGAUCAUUUCCUCUUAUUCUUAUUCUUAGAACUCACUUCUUCCUCCAUCAUAUUGAUGGAAGAAGUACUAGCCUCAUUAUUUUUGGGUUUUUCUCCCUCUUGCGCCUUUAGAGAUUCCUCUAUGCGCAAAUGGCUGCCAAGUUGUACAAGAGACAACUCUUCCUUUUUGUGUGUUUAUUAUGUUUUUAAAAUCUUUCCAUGAAGGUGGUAACUUAUCGAUGAUACUCGAUACUGAGAUGGAUUCGUCUAUCUUCAUGUUGUGUUGUGCAAAUUGACCUAGUAUACGAAGCAAUUCAUUGUAUUGCUCCAUAGCUGGCCUAGAAUCAAACAUCUGUAAUUAUGAAAAUUACUGACAAUGAACUUCUUACUAGAACUAUCCUCAGCCAUGUACUUUGAUUCUAACGCAUCCCACAACUCUUUUGCAGAUUUGACAUUCUGAUAAAAUCAAAGAGAGGAUCUGACAUACCGUUGAGAAUAUGGCCACGGCAUAUGUAAUCGUCGUUUUCCCAUUUAAGUUGCUUCCUUGUCUCAUCCAGAGACUCGUUCUCAGCAUCCUCCGGUACAGUAGGCAUAGGCAUGCUUAGAACAUACACUACAUUCAGAUUUGUGAGGAAAAAAUGCAUUUUCUUUUGCCAUCUCCGAAAAUCUACUCCUUCAAACUUAUCUAACUUUCUAAAUUUUGAUGUCAUCUCUCGCACCGAUACACCAGCCAUAAUUCACAAGAAAUUACUCUUUAAGAUUGUUGGUUAUUUUGGGUUGUAACCUGAAAUUUGUGAAUUAUAUACUUGGAUAAUGAUUGAAUCGUUGUGCUUUCCUUGAAGAGUAUUUUGACCCUAUUCCAAGCCUUGGGUUACAUGAAAUCCCUUUGUAGGAUAAGACAAUCAAAGUCUCACUCUUGUUCUAGGCUAAGAUACAUGAGAAACAAAUAAAGCUUUAGUGCUUAUAUGUGUUUCUUCAAUGAUCUUUUAUGAUCUUUGAAGUUGAACAAUGAAUCUAUCUUUCUUUCUCUCUCUCUCUUUAACUACUAUUUUAUUCUUAACCUUUUUUUCUUUUUUUCCCUUUCAAGCUUUACCAUCUCUGUUUUUGUAUAGAGAAAUAUAUCACCUUACAAAAUUUUAAAACGUUUUUUUCCUAAAAAAAAUCUAUCCCUAUACUGAUCUUCUAAGAAGAACCUGUGUACCUUCGAUGGCAUGACUUGCAGAGACGAAAAUGUUUCUUCAAUUGAUCUCAGCUCCAUGUCGAUUGUGUUUGUAAGGUUUUUGUGUUAUUAUGAUUGUGAGGAAUGAAAUUGUGAAUUUCUGGAAAAAAACUAACCUAUUUAUAAUUGCAGAUUCACCGACUGUGAGAAAAUAGGAUUCAAUGAAUGUUAAUUUGGAGAUUAAUGAGAAUGACUGAAUGCAUAUGAGAUCUGUAACGUUUCCGAUUUUGGAAAGCAAGUAAGAAGCCACACGAACCGGCACCGAAGGCGGUUUCCACCAGAGAUUUCCCGGGUUUCCAACCCUCGUAACCCAGCUGGAGAUCCAUUGUUAACCCUAGACGGCCGUUCUUCGAUAGUCUUGAAGAUGAAGAUAGUCUCUAAUCACCCACUUAACCAAUACUCUUUAGCUCAAACCUUGUAUUAGAAGCCCACGGCCUAUAUUUUUAAGUCUAAAGCAAUUCUUGGUAUGAAAGCCCAUCAAUAACAAUAACAUCAUCGAUGAAAGAACAAUUUGAUAUUUCAGACCGACACGUGUUACCAAUAGCUUCUAACAUAAGUAAAACGCUGAGUUUUGAAGACAGGGACAGGUGUCGCAUUCAGAGAGCUCGACUUUCUGACCUGGCGCUGACGUGGCUUCACAGAAGUGAAGCAAACAUAUUUAUAUAUAUAUAUAUAUAGAUAUAUAGAUAUGCACUACUUGCAAUAUAUAGGGGUUUCAAAUUACAGUGUUAUCUAAAACUCACGAGAAAAAAAAAACUCUCUGAUGGUGACGUUGACGGCGAUCUCGAACUAGGGUUCGAUGGGCUAUCGGUGGUGGAAUCGGGGGAAUCAAUGGAUUAGGAAGGAUCGACAUGAGAAUAUGGAAGAUCUUCAUUGGUAUGAAGGUUAAGGGAAGUUACGAUAUCCAAAGGAGGAUUCUUUCAUGUCGUUGAGGAAUUUUUGGACAAAUGGAAAUAUCAGAACUAAAAGGUGGUGGGAUUCGUGGAGAUCCUUGAAUCGAAUCGGCUCACGAUUGUAUUGGUCAUCCCUCAUUCAAUCUCAGGAUCCCCUAGGUAUGAUUUACGAUCUCUUCACAGCUAGGAUAAUCUGAAGAUUAUGGAUCAAUCCGUACAAGAAGUGAAGGCAUUUGAGCUUUUGGUUUUUUCUGGUUUGGUUGUUUUUGAUGUUUUGAUAAGCGCUGUGAGCAUUCUUAUUUACUUUAUUUAUGGAGUUUACUGGUUUACUAGUAUGCUUUUGAUGUCUCUUAAGUCUCAUUAUAAGCUCAGGCUAUGGAUUAAAUUGUUCUCAUAUCGGGAGGCUUCUCUUUCUUUGAAAUGAGACAAAUAUUUGUAUCAUUUAAACUCUCACUCAUUACACCAUUGAAAAGUAAUUUACUAACCAUAUAGGUUAAAUCUGUCUUCACUAUAUCCAAAAACUUCUGAUAGAAAAGAUAUGUCAUCCCAUCAAGUCAUAGAGUGUUUUCUAGAUGUAUCGCAAAUAAGGCAAAUUUGAGUCUCCAUUCUAUAACAGGAAAGAUAAGAUCUUUGUUAAUCGAAUAUGUGAUGGUUAUAGUUACAUUGACUAAUGCUUCAUCGAUAUCAUCCAGAUUGGAAGAUUCAAAACUUGCGUCUUAAAUAACUAGUAACAGUUGUUACAAGUCUCUUUUCGUUUUUAACCAUAUUGCGUGAAUCACAUCCAUUAAUCUUGUAAUUCGGUGUUUGACUUGUCAUUGUUUUGUCAAGGCAUAAAAAAGAUUGAAUUUGUAUCCCCUUUUCGCAACAAAAAAUCUAUACUUUUUGUUUCUAAACAUUUUUCAUGUCUUAAGAGAUUUAGAUAAUAAUCUAUAUAUAUAAAGAAAUGUGCCUCUCUCCUUAUUAGGACAUGUCAUCAAGUCGUUCUUUUUAACGGCGACACGUGUCCACUUUUAUAAACGUACCGUAUCAAUUACUAUCAUGGUUUGUGUGAAUGGGCUUUGUGUGAUUGUGCGUGUUAUCCAGCCCGAAUAUAUCGAUAGGCCUCUAACCCUAGAACGUCUGUUAACAAAUCAGAAGAUGGGAAAGAGCUUUGAUAAAGAAAAAUGGGAAAGAGCAGGAGAAAAGACUGACGGAGACUGAGCGGUAGAGAAAGCGAGAGUCACCACCCCCGAUCUCCUCUCUGCCACGCCGGAUCUCUCUCUCCUGUGCCUCGCUCUGUCACGAAAGUUGGAGGACGCAGAGAAGCUUGAUGGAGGAGGACGGUGAAGAAGCUUCACGAGGUGGAGGAAGCGAGGUGGAGGAAGCUGGACGAGCAGACGGCGGAAGAGGCGGGAUGAAAAGGCGGAGGAGGAGGCAGGACGCUCAAGUUUGCCAGCGGUGGAGAGUUCAACAAGAAGACGACGGCUUUUAGAUUAGGUUUAGUUUUGUAUUUUUGGUCCUUUUUUUUAGUUUUGUUUAAUGGUCUAAACCAAUUUAAAAUUACAAACGGUUCAAAUAAAUGAAGAAGCGGCGUAUCUCAUGUGGCACUAUCAAACUGUAAAACCCAAUAAGCUCAUAAACAGUGUUUUAGAAAGUUUUUUUUUAUUUGGUAUGAAAUAUAUUUUUUAAAUAAGAGAUAAUUUAGUUUUACUA